CACUGUAUUUAAGUUGCGGCAUGAAUGCGGACCAGCUGGAAAAUGCUAAGCCUGUUAUCAGGUUAUUGGGAAAUACACAGUUUAGUUGAUGUUCGUUAAGGGGGGUGCCGUAGCCCAUGCGGGGUCAAGGCAUUCAGUUUCGUCCUUGCAGCAACAGCAGCUGACACUUCGAAAAAGCACGUAGAUCAAAGAGAAGUAAUUUAAAGGUGAAGAACAUGGCAACUAAAGAUGAGGUGAUUAAUAUGUGGAAAGUGGCAGAUGCAGUUUGUUUCGAUGUUGACUCAACAGUGAUUAGAGAAGAAGCCAUAGAUGAACUAGCUACAUUUUGUGGGAAAGGUGAAGAAGUUGCAAAAUUGACAGAGGAAGCAAUGAAAGGAAGUAUGAAUUUCCGUGAUGCUUUUGCGCGGAGACUUGACAUUAUCAAGCCUCAGAUGUCACAGUUAAGAGAUUUUAUAAGUGCUCGUCCUCAUAAGUUGACACCAGGUAUAAAAGAGUUAGUUGAAGCUCUUCAUCAGAGAAGUACACCUGUUUACCUAGUCUCUGGAGGAAUGAGAGGUCUGGUCACUCCCGUUGCAUUAGAAUUAAAUAUACCACUGGAGAAUGUAUUUGCAAAUCGAUUAAAAUUCUUCUUCAAUGGUGAUUAUGCAGGAUUUGAUGAAAAUGAACCUACCUCAAAAACUGGUGGAAAAGGUGAAGUGAUCAGAAAGCUGAAAGACAAAUAUGGGUAUUCAACUUUAGUAUUAAUAGGUGAUGGAGCUACAGAUUUAGAAGCAUGUCCACCAGCAGAUGCAUUUAUUGGUUUUGGAGGAAAUGUGGUUAGAGAGGCAGUUAAGGCUAAAGCUCAGUGGUAUGUUACCGACUUCAAGGAAUUGCUGGAUGCCCUCCAAGAAUAAUAAAUCGAAAUUUGAAACAUGUUGUUGGUACAGAAGCAAAUAUUUUGGCUGUGAUAAAUGUGGAACGAAUGCUAAUAUGUCUGUUGUGAUUUAUUCUUUGUUAUAAUUUGUCGUGUUCUGUAUUAUGAAUUACAUUUUCUUAAACGUAAA